UCCGCGCUGCCCGACUCGCUUCUGCUGCACAUUAUGACGUGGCUGCCGCCUCAGGAACGACUGCGCGGGGCAAGGCACAAGAGUAUUUUAGGGGAAUCUGGUGACUCCUGUGUCAGUGGGGCUUCUCCGCUUUACAAGAGUAAUCCAUGAUACAGAAUUCCAUCCCCAAAAUAGCUUCACCACCCACGGAGUGCAAUGGAGUCUGCAAACAGUGGCGUCGCUUGGUGCUGGACAAAUUGCUGUGGAGACACUUGGACUUGACUUCUUACAAAAUACCCUCCAAGGUCCUCUGGCACCUGCUGCGGAAGCAUCUCCGAGGCAACCUCCAGACACUGAAAGCACAAGGAUCUCUUCACUCCACCCAGAAGCAAGAAGCAUUUACCCCGGCACUAAUGCAGGCCUUGGGCAAGCAGUGCCCCAGCCUCCACCGCCUGUGCUUGACCAAGACAGAUCUCCGCAUGGUCUCCUACAGUUGCCUCCCCUCCUCUCUCACAACCCUGGAACUGACCUGCUGUGAGAUCCCUUCUUUGUGGUUCCAAGUGCCUGAAGCCCCUCAGGCAGGCCAGGGCUUCCCAAAGCUCCAACACCUCAUCAUCCAAAAUGUCCCUGCCUUUUCUAACCAGCACUUAUUCAAUAUUGCAGUCCAGGGCACUCUGAAAAUGCUUGUCCUCUCUGAGGCUUACAGGGUAACAGAUAUUGGGAUCCAGAGAGCUGCACCACACCUGGGAGAGCUUGAGCACCUUGCCUUGUGCCAGUGUAGCAUUGGUGACUCAGCCGCAUACUUCAUUGGGCGCCACAUGAAGCAUCUGUGCCAUUUAGACCUCGGGAGCAGUUUCUCUCUGACAAACACAGGUCUUUCUUGCUUAAGUAGCUUGCCUGCCUUGGAGGAACUGUGCCUGGAGUCCUGCAGUGGGCUUUCCUCCGAGACUAUUACAGCUGUUUGCCAGAUGUUGCCCCAUCUAAAGCAUCUAGAUUUAAGUGGGAUGAAUUUGGAAGAAGAGGUGAUCCACAGCAUCAAGGCAGGUUUGCCAAGCUGCGUUGUAGCAAACACUGUCUCCAGCACAGAUCUCAGUGUGAAAUCGUAAUCCCUGAGUGAGUUCAGCAUUAGUGAGUGCCUGGUGAGAGAGCUCAAAAGAUGGCAGUUUGGGGAUAUAUCUGCUCAGCCACUUCCUGCCCUUUCUUCUAUAUGCAGCUGGAGAUGCAAGAGGCAAUACAGUGAGAAGCUUCAAAAGCAGGUUCUUUCAGCUCUCACAGGCUAAUAGUUUAACCACCGCUGCACACACAGCAGAUUUCCCUGACUGUGGACAGAGGGGCUGUGGCCAGUGAGAAGGAAUCAGUAGCACCAGACUGGGGAAAAUCUUGCCCUGCCAGCAUUGUUGGACUGGACCGCCCAUGAUCCAUCACAGCUAGGCCUGCUGGGAGUUGCAGUCUAACUACACCAGGCAAGCUGCAGGUUCUCCAGCCCUGCAGUAGCAGCUUCAGUAACGAGUGUUUGUGUGGGCAUUAGAGAGAUAGGAUGCAUACCUGUGUCCUUUGAAAACCACCUGAGUUGGUUCUACAAAGCAGCUCUAUUCUAGUAUAGUUCAUCCCUUGCUUCAAGUACUCUUUCAAGUAACCUAGGAAAAAACAUGGUCUUUUUAAUGCUAAGCUAAAGUGGCAGAUGCCUGUACUUCCAAGAGCCUUGUCAUGUUUGCAUUAGCUUAAAAAAAUCAGCCUGUCCAACUGAUGUGCUACCCUUGAAAGUGGGCAUAUUUUGGCUUUUACCUUUAAUUACCUAAAAUCUGUAUUCCAGCUUUCCUCAACCUUCCCAAACAGGUUGCUGAAGGCUGAUAUAUUCCAAGGGUACAAUCUUAAGCAUACUUACAGAGGAAAAAUAAAUAAUUCCCAGCAUGCCCCAACCAACAUGGCUGUCUGGGGAAUGAUGGGGGAUUUUCUGUUGAACCCACAUGAAAGAUUGUGCCAUAAAAUUAUUUUUCUUUGUAAAUAUUUAGUGUGUUGCUUUGAUUUCACUUUCAGGUGCUAGUUAAUGCAAUGGCUGCCAUUCAGUAUAAUAUAACUUCAUUGAUUUUGUUUUAGCUUUUCAAUAAAAGUCACUAACUCUCAUA